GGUGUCCCCGGCCGGUUUUGGGGGGGUGCGUUGCCCGGAGACGGAAAGUUUGGGAGCCAGAGCCGGCUCGGCUGCGGCCCCGGGAGGGGGUCCAGGGGGCGGUGGCCCUGGGGAUGGGGAAGGAGCAGGAGCUGCUGGAGGCGGCCCGCACCGGGCACCUCCCGGCCGUGGAGAAGCUGCUGUCCGGGAAGCGGCUCUCCUCCGGCUUCGGGGGCGGCGGCGGCGGCAGCGGCGGCGGCUCCGGUGGCGGCGGCGGCGGCGGCCUCGGGUCCUCGAGCCAUCCCCUCUCCAGCCUGCUCAGCAUCUGGAGAGGGCCCAACGUGAACUGUGUAGACAGUACGGGGUACACCCCCCUGCACCACGCUGCUCUGAAUGGCCACAGGGAUGUGGUCGAGGUUCUUCUGAGGAACGACGCGCUGACCAAUGUGGCUGACUCCAAAGGCUGUUACCCUCUGCACUUGGCAGCCUGGAAAGGGGAUGCCCAGAUCGUGCGGCUGCUCAUCCACCAAGGGCCCUCUCACACCAGAGUCAAUGAGCAGAAUGCUCUUGAGAUCAAAGAACUCAAAAAGCACGGCCCCUUUGACCCUUAUAUCAAUGCCAAGAACAAUGACAACGAGACGGCCCUGCAUUGCGCCGCGCAGUACGGCCACACGGAGGUGGUGAAGGUCCUCCUGGAGGAGCUCACAGACCCCACGAUGCGCAACAACAAGUUCGAGACCCCCCUGGACCUGGCUGCGCUCUACGGGCGGCUGGAGGUGGUGAAGAUGCUCCUCAGCGCGCACCCCAACCUCCUGAGCUGCAACACCAAGAAGCAUACCCCCCUGCACCUGGCGGCCAGGAACGGCCACCGGGCCGUGGUCCAGGUGCUCCUGGACGCGGGCAUGGACAGCAACUACCAGACGGAGAAGGGCAGUGCUUUGCAUGAGGCCGCUUUGUUUGGCAAGACCGAUGUGGUGCACAUCCUGCUGGCCGCAGGAAUUGAUGUCAACAUAAAAGAUCACCGAGGACUGACCGCCCUGGACACGGUCCGGGAACUGCCCUCUCAGAAGAGCCAGCACAUAGCCGCGCUCAUUGAAGAUCACAUGACUGGAAAAAGAAGUGCAAGAGAGGCAGAGAAAACUCCCACACCCCAGCCACCUCUCAUCUCCAGUGCGGACUCCAUAUCCCAGAAGUCUCAGGGUGACGUGGAGAAAGCAGUGACUGAACUGAUCGUCGAUUUUGACACAAGCGCUGAAGAGGAGGGCCCCUACGAGGCGCUGUACAACGCCGUCUCCUGCCACUCGCUGGACAGCAUGGCCAGCGGGCGGUCGUCCGACCGGGACUCCGUGAACAAGGAGGCCGAGGCCGCGGGAGGGAAGGCUGCUGGAGUGAGGCCUCGGGAACGGCCACCGCCUCCAGCGAAGCCCCCGCCGGACGAGGAGGAGGAAGACCCCACGGACAGGAAGCUUUUUCCCCUGCCGGCUUCUGAGGUCUUGGCCAUGCGAGCCCGGGUUCAGGAGAGCACAGCCAGGGAGGAGGAGGAGCAUCCGUAUGAGCUGCUGUUAAGGGCGGAAACAAAGAAGCUGCCAGCAGUGGACGGAAAAACAAAAGACCACAGGCGGAGCAGCAGCGGCCAGAGCCAGGACUCGGCGGAGGGGCAGGACGGGCAGGUCCCUGAGCAGUUCUCCGGGCUCCUCCACGGCUCCUCCCCGGUGUACGAGGUGGGGCAGGACGCUUUCCAGCUGCUCUCUGCCCCUGGCCAGAGCCUUCCAGAAGGGUCCCCUGCGCAGGGCACCUGCCACGAGGCCAGCAUGCAGCUGGAGGAGGCGGGCGUGCGCGCUCCUGGAGGCUCCCCGCCCGGCGGCCUGGACCAGAGUCAGAGAGGGGGCUACCCAGCAGGCCUGCCCACCGCCAACAGCCUACCGCACCCCGAAACUCUGACUCACACAGCAUCUCCACACCCCGGGGGUGCCGAGGAGGGAGACCAGAGCGGGGCCAGAAGCCGAGUCCUUCCCACCAGCAAACCCAAAGUUGAACUCAAGCUCAGCCGCAGCUUGUCCAAGUCUGACUCCGACCUCCUGACCUGCUCGCCCACGGAGGACGCGGCGAUGGGGAGCCGCAGCGAGUCCCUGUCCAACUGCAGCGUCGGGAAGAAGAGGCUGGAGAAGUCGCCCUCCUUCGCCUCGGAGUGGGAUGAGAUUGAGAAGAUCAUGAGCUCCAUCGGAGAAGGGAUUGACUUUUCUCAGGAGCAGCAGAAGGCCUCAGGUUCGCGGGCGCCGGAGCAGAGCGUCGGGGCGUGGCUGGCGGCGCUGGGCCUGCAGCAGUACGAGAGCAGGCUGCUUCUGAACGGCUUUGACGAUGUCCGCUUCCUGGGGUCUAACGUGAUGGAAGAGCAGGACCUGCGGGAGAUCGGCAUCAGCGACCCGCAGCACCGCCGCAAGCUGCUCCAGGCCGCGCGGGCCCUGCCCAAGGUGAAGGCCCUGGGCUGCGAGGGGAGCAGCCCCCCGUCGGUGCCCUCCUGGCUGGACUCCCUGGGGCUGCAGGACUACGUCCACUCCUUCCUGUCCAGUGGCUACAGCUCCAUCGACUCCGUGAGGAACCUCUGGGAGCUGGAGCUGGUGAACGUCCUCAAGGUUCACCCGCUCGGCCAUCGGAAGCGCAUCAUCGCCUCCCUCGCCGACAGGCCCUGCGAGGAGCCGCCCCAGAAGCCCCCGAGGUUCUCCCAGCUGAGGUGCCAAGACUUGCUCUCCCAGACGUCGUCCCCCCUGAGCCAGAAUGACUCGUGCACCGCCCGGUCCGCUGACCUGCUGCUGCCCCCCGGGGACUCGGGCAGAAGGCGGCCGGACAGUCUCCCUGACCCUGCGGCACCCUCUCGGGCGGAGCGCUUCAGAAUCCAGGAAGAGCACCGAGAAGCCAGGCUGACCCUCCGGCCGCCCAGCCUGGCCGCCCCCUACGCCCCUGUGCAGAGUUGGCAGCACCGGCCAGAAAAGCUCAUCUUCGAGUCGUGCGGUUAUGAAGCCAAUUACCUGGGCUCCAUGUUGAUCAAAGACCUUCGAGGGACAGAAUCCACCCAGGACGCCUGUGCCAAGAUGCGGAAAUCCACCGAGCACAUGAGGAAGGUCCCCACCAUCACCCUGUCCAUCACCUACAAAGGCGUCAAGUUCAUCGAUGCCUCCAACAAGAACGUCAUCGCGGAGCACGAGAUCCGGAACAUUUCCUGCGCGGCCCAGGACCCCGAGGACCUCUGCACCUUCGCCUACAUCACCAAGGACCUGCAGACGGGCCACCACUACUGCCACGUCUUCAGCACGGUGGACGUGACCCUGACCUACGAGAUCAUCCUGACGCUGGGGCAGGCGUUCGAGGUGGCCUACCAGCUGGCCCUGCAGGCCCAGAGGGCCCGGCCCGUGGGGGCCUCUGCCGCCGAGCCCGUCGAGACCAGAUCUUCCAAGCCGGUGCCGAAGCCGCGCGUGGGCGUGAGGAAGUCAGCAGUGCCGCUGCCCCCUGACACUCGCUGUUGUUACUGUCACACCUGCACUACCCAUCGUCCUUCUUACCUGCCGCUGCCGUCUGUUAGUCCUGGAGUCAAGCUGGAACCGCCCGACGUGGAGCCGGACGCCCAGUCCCAUGCCAGCGUCUCCUGGGUCGUGGACCCCAAACCAGACUCUAAGCGGAGCCUCAGCACCAACUGAGCCACUGAGGAACCAGCUGAGCUGCGGACACAGGUGUGGGGCUCAGGCUCCCGCCACCGCCACCUGCACCGCCACCACCACGUCUCACCUGCAGCUUCGAAGCCCCAGGCCCGGCCUCCUCCCGGCUGCCUGCCCGCUGCCGCCUCGUCCUGCAGAGCGCGCCUGCCCUGGCCCGGAGCCCUGCGGGCCUCUCUCCCGGGAGACUGGAGCCCAGAGGGUCAAGAUAUGACUUGUCCAGAACACGUGUUUUAAUAGAAAAAAAAUUUUAUAAAAUGAACUUUUAAGACUUGCCUCAAACCUCUAGGUUAAACUGCCAGCCUUUAGACGGGCGCCUGUAGGGUCAGGGGACGGAACCGCGGCGGGUAAAGGGCCUCUGUCCUCAGGGCGGGGUUUGGGAGGCCCAGUGGGUAGGAAAGGGGGACCCGAGGGCAGCCCUGACUGCGUGUUGUUAGUCUGCGUUCACACCCGGCCGAGUUGGACGCUGGUCCCUGUGAGCGCACGUCUCGUCCCCACCUGGCCCGGGCCCCGCCUCAGAGACGCCUGGCAGGGGUAGAGGCUGCUGGUCGCUGUCGGGUCUGGGGUUCCCCGAGGGAAGGCCCAGGUCCUGCUGGAGACGAGCGAGCAGUUGCUGUGCCAUGAAGUCCGAGCCGCGGUCAGAGACCCGCCCCGGCUGCCUGGCCCAGGAGCUUUCUGGGGACUCGGGCGUCUGGGUUGCGUUGGAAAGGAGGACAGGCAGCUGUUUGGGCAUUAGUGGGCCGGCAGCUAAGAUUGCUGCCUGCCGACUCGUGAUCUGUCUAAUCAGGCCUCUGAUUAGGCCUCGCGCGGGUUCUCCCAGUUCCUGGCUGACUGUGCCCAGCUGCUGGCCCUCCCCUGGCUCCACGCGGAGGAGAGGGAAGGUGGCAGCUUGCUUCCCCGUGUGGCCUUCAGGGCAGGUGGCGUCGGGAGCUCGCUGCCCUCAGCCCUCCGGGGCUGGCUUUGCUUUUUACCUGUGGUGUGUGCCUCCAUCUCUCCAACCCCGGUGCCCUCCCCUCCCUACACCCCCCCCCCCCCCCAGUGGAGCAGAAACGAGGCGGGUUCCUGGGAGGUGGAGCUGGCUGUCGUGGCGGCCGUGGCCCAGCGGGUCUUUCCCAGGGAGGGUAGAGGCGGAGCUCUGCCUGCGGGUGCAGGACAGCCCUGGGCACCUGCUCAGCCCUGUGGUCGGCCAGACACGGGAGGCAGGGCCAUCCUGCCCACACGCCCUGGCAGUCGCCUCCCUCCGGGAUAGAGGGGGUUCCCCCACUUUGCGGUACUGAACAGGAACCUGGGAGUUCGACUCAACUUCCUGCUGCUUCCAGGGCCUGCGAGGACUCCCCUCAGCUCCCCGUGAAGGCGCACCUGCUUUCUGCCAGGAGUUGGCGAGGGCGGAGGCGGGUGGGGAGCGGCCUCUGCCGGGCCGCGGGCAGGGGGUACCACGAGGCCAAUGGGAACAGACACUACGACGAGCCCUCGGCCCGCGUUUAGUCACGUGUAGGAAGCUGCUACGUGUUCUCUAUUUAUUCAGGGUAUUUUCCUAUUGGGAAGCCGCGGCCGGUCUGCUUGGGCUCUGGCUGUGUGUUGAGAUGCGUUUCUUUCUGGAUAUCAAAAAGGAAAGGACUGGGCCUGCUCUUCCCCUCCUCUGGGCAGGCACCCCCUUCUGGGAAGGAACUGCCAGGACUUGACAGGCUUCCAGCGGACGCCCUGCUCGGCGCGUCUCGGUCAGGUCACGCGUGUAACAGCCGUGCCUGCGUCUCUGAACUGCAGGGCCCGUGUAGGUGGGACGUGGAGUGGGUGGCCCUCCUGCCUGCCAGCUGCUCGCUCCCUUGGGCGUCCGUGCCGGGUCCCGGGAGCCGGAGGCCGCAGCCGCCCAGACCUUGGAGGCUGGUCCGACCUCGUCUGUCCUGAGGCGGCCAGGCCGCAGAAUGGCUGCCGGGAACGCACUGCUGCCAAUGGUGUGGCGACGGAACGCGUUGUAAUAAAGAUGUUAUUUAAUCCGUCUCUGUAUUUUGAUACUUGAAUGACUUCCCCUUUUACUUUACUGUACAUAUAAUUGUUCAUCUGUCCAGUUUUGCCCGAAUUACAUCUUCUGGUACCAAACAGCCAAUCUGUGCAGCAACAUAGACUGACCUCACUGCAGGCGUGCGAGGACCCUGGGCCCCGGCAUUGGUUUUGUUAUUUUCCUAACGUGCAACUUAGAACAGACGGAACUAAUAAACCAGAAGCGACACGAAA